AUGACUCCAGCUACCACCCGGUACCGGAUGAACAUGCUAAAAGAGGCAUACCAACAGUGCCAAGACCUGGACGCGAAAAUCGUCGCCAUGGCGGAUCUACAAGCCAGAUCAACUCUUCAGUACUUCGUCGACAACCAUUUCGAAAGAUGUGAGGAGUGCUAUCAGGAGUCCCUGGACUACAUGUCGGAGAUCCUGGAUAAGACAUCCUCGACCCAGGAGACAGCAUCCGAGAAAGGGAAUCUUCAACCAGUGAAGCUACGCUCGCAAUCGUUGCUGCCUCAAAUCCAGCUGCCGUCUUUCGAUGGAACCUUCGAACAAUGGGAGAGUUUCCGAGAUAAGUUUCAAUCUAUAGUAAUUAAUGAUAAUUCUUUGUCAAAUGUCGAGCGUUUGCAUUUUCUUUGUUCCGCUUUAACCGGCGACGCAAAAAAAGCGGUUAAUCAUUUACCUACCACCGAUGCAAAUUUCGAGGUCGCGUGGCAGUUAGUUAAAAAUAGAUACGAAAACAAACGCCGGUUACUUUCGACCUAUUUAAAUAAUUUGUUUUCGUUACCGCAAGUGACCUCUGAAUCUGCGAAAGAGCUCCGCAGUUUAGGCGAUCAGUUAAACGUUUCGAUACACGGUUUGAAAAAUUUGAAACGACCCGUCGAACAUUGGGACGACGUAAUUGUUUUCCUCGGUACACAAAAACUUGACCGUUCCUCCCGAAAGGCGUGGGAGUUACAAUUCGGUGAUACAUCAGAAUUGUCUACUUAUGUCGAAUUCGACAAGUUUUUGGAGUCUCGAGUUCGGGCUUUAGAGUCAAUGUCGCCAAUAAAAACCGAUAAACCGGAAAACGUAACUGUUAAAUCAAAACCGAAAACAAUUUCAACGAACACGUCUACCGUGUCGCCAAUUAUAUGUCCUGCGCUUGAGCCAUCCGAACGGUUUAAAUUAAUUAAAUCCCAACGAAGAUGCGUUAAUUGUUUUUCCGCGAAGCAUGCGAAAGAACAAUGCCACAGUCAAAGAAGCUGUAAAGAAUGUAAACAGCGACAUCACACUCUGUUGCAUUUUCCGAUAAAACCGGAGCAGUCCAGCGUGAGUCAGUCAAAUCAGACGUCGGCUACCAAUCCGAAUUCAGAACUUGAAAUCAGCUCGAAUUCUGCGUCGCGAACGAAAACUAAUACCGGCAUUCUUCUUUCAACAGCUCGCAUCCGAGUGCACUCAUUGCAGGGUCGAACAGUACAAGCACGCGCAUUAUUGGAUCAAGGGUCAGUCGCAACUCUAAUAUCAGAGAACCUAGCCCAAAUUUUGCGACUCCCGAGAAACAAACAAAAUACAUGCAUAACCGGAAUAGGAGGAAUACAGUCGUGGGCUAAUCACACCGCUCGCAUCACGAUUACUCCGUUGGUAAGAACCGAGCCUGUAUACUCGACAACUGCUAUUAUUUUGAAAACUUUAACACAAUACACUCCAAAACGACAUUCUUCCGUAACUAAUUGGAAUCAUAUUGCAGGACUUGAAUUGGCCGAUACAGACCCCAUGAGCUCAGAUCCGAUCGAUAUCGUUAUCGGUGCGGAUUUGUUUGGUCAAUUAUUAUUGGACGGAGUUCGGAAAGGUUCUACAAGUGAACCGAUCGCGCAAAAUACACACCUGGGAUGGAUCCUAUCUGGUCCUACGUCCACUCAUCCUCUUCCUUUCUUUAUAGAUGCCCAUCACGCUACGUUGUUAGAAAAUCUCGAUGCAGAUCUUCGCCGCUUCUGGGAAGUGGAAAAUAUCCCAACUCAAUCAGUGCUCUCACCUGAGGAAGAAAAAUGUGAAUUACACUUUCAAUCCUCUCAUACUCGUACGUCGGAAGGGCGUUACAUAGUUCGACUCCCGUUCAAGAGCGAACCCCCUAUAGAUUUAGGCGAAUCUCGUUUUGCCGCGAUGAAAACUCUUCUCUCUCUUGAAAGACGCUUUAAAAGCGACCAAGUAAAUACCGAAACUUAUAAAGAAUUCCUCUCAGAAUACGAAGCCUUAGGCCAUAUGGAAAGGGUUCCAACCGUCCCGGUUCAAACAACCAACCAAAUUUAUUAUAUUCCUCAUCACGCAGUUCUUCGCGAAAGUAGUUCGACAACUCGUCUUCGCGUCGUAUUUAACGCUUCCCGCCGAACUUCAAACGGCACUUCUCUAAAUGAUCAUCUUUUAACUGGACCCAAGCUCCAAACCGAUCUAAUUGCAAUCCUCCUCCGGUGGAGAGGAUUCCGGUUUGUAUAUACCACAGACAUCGAGAAAAUGUACCGUCAGAUUUUAGUUGAUACACGAGAUACAGAUUUUCAACGCAUUUUAUGGCGUCCCUCGUCACAACAGUCCGUUGAGGAGUAUCAACUCUGUACCGUCACGUAUGGCACCAAAUCAGCUCCUUAUCAAGCUCUUCGCGUUUUAAAUCAGCUGGCAGUGGACGAAGGUCAUCAAUAUCCUCUAGCUCUUCCAGUAUUAAAGGAUCAAACUUAUGUCGACGACUGUCUCUUCGGAGCAGACGACAAAGAUCUCUUGCGAACAAUCCGCGACCAGACCAUAAACCUGUUAAACAAAGGCGGCUUUCGUUUACGAAAAUGGGCCAGUAAUGAUCCAACUCUGUUAAUUGAUAUCGAUCCGCGCGAUCACGGUCUUGCGAAAAAUAAACUCCUUAAGAUCGAGGAGACCUGCUCAGUUUUAGGCUUAGAAUGGAAUCCAGUGCUCGAUCACUUUCAAUUUCGAGUUACCAUUUCUUCGAAUUUUGCCAAUACGAAACGAACAAUUCUCUCUCAAAUUGCAAAACUUUUCGACCCGAUGGGGUUGUUAACUCCAGUCGUUAUACCCGCGAAAGUGUUUAUGCAAAAAUUAUGGUCACUCCAAUAUGAUUGGGAUGACAUUCUUCCUAACGAUGUUCUCCUAGAAUGGCAAGAUUACUACACUCAUUUACCAGAUUUAAAUAAGAUCACGAUUCCUCGCAAAAUAGCCAAUGGCAUCGCGCUACAUCAGGAAAUCCACGGAUUCGCCGAUGCAUCCACUAAAGCCUACGCAGCUUCGGUUUAUAUAAAAAGCGUCCUCCCAGAUGACAAUGUCUUCGUGGCGCUUCUCGUUGCAAAAUCACGAGUAGCUCCCGUUAAAACAUUAAGCAUACCGAGAUUAGAAUUAUGUGCAGCGGCAUUGUUGGCACGUCUUGUCGUUUUUGUGGAAAAUUCCUUGUCGCUCAUCCAUCACAAUGUCCACUGUUGGACUGAUUCAAGCAUCACUCUCGCCUGGCUUAGCCAACCUUCGACUCGUUGGAAGACUUUUGUCGCCAAUCGAGUGUCGAAAAUUCAGUCUCUUUUACCGAAAGCGCAGUGGCAUCAUGUUCCAACAAAUAGCAAUCCUGCUGAUUGUGACCUUCAUGGUUAA